AUGAUUGGACUUAAGAUCAAUGCGAAAAAGACAAAGCUAAUGUUCCUCAAUACAGAGAAACAUCCUGCCAUAUUUGUAGAAGGGAAACAGCUUGAAACAGUAGAGUCAUUUAAUUACCUAGGCAGUUGUAUAACAACAGAAGGUGGUGCUGAGAGAGACAUAAAGAUCAGAAUAGGAAAAGCUAGAUCUGCAUUCAUUAGAUUAGGCAACAUCUGGAAAACAACAGCCUUUUCAAAGAAGACCAAGCUCAGACUAUAUAACAGCUGUGUACUCUCAGUACUCCUAUAUGGCUCAGAGUGCUGGAGAAUGACUGACAAAGACAUCAAUAGACUCUCCAGCUUCCAUAACACAUGUCUACGAAAGAUAAUGAAAAUAUUCUGGCCAGACAAAAUCUCCAACAAAGACCUUCAUGAGAUGACAAAUACCAAAGACAUGGAGACUUUGCUCAUACAAAAAAGAUGGAGGUGGCUUGGUCAUGUGAUACGCAAAUCAUCUGAUGACAUGACCAAGGUAGCCCUUAGAUGGACACCAGAGGGGAAGAGAAAGAGAGGCCGACCUAAAACAACAUGGAGACGCACUGUAGAAAAUGAGCUAAAGGAAAGAGGAUAUACCUGGGGUACAGUUAAAAGAACAGCAAACAACAGAGAAGAGUGGAGGAAACUUUUCCUUGCCCUAUGUGCCACUAGGCAUAGCAAGGACUAA